UUAAGGGGAUUACAGAUGCAUAAUUUGGAAUCAGAACUUUAAUGUAUUGUUUUUUACACGUCUCAUUUCUCAGAGUCUUCUGUGUGAAUGCUAACUGAGUUUUCAUCUUGACAGGUUGAGAAUAUUCUAAUUAUGAGCCAUAGUUGCUGUGGGGGAAUCUGUGCUCUCAUGGGUAUGCAGGAUGAAGAAGAAGAUUCAGAGUUCCAGGAGCUGCAUUAGGACUUGAGUAAUUGUUGCCAAAAAUGCAAGGAUUAGCACCAAAUCUGUGGCUUCCAAUCUCAGUUUUGACCACCAAUGUCGACAUUGUGAAAAGGAUUUUGUUCUGAACUACACGAAUACCAUGCCUCAAGCCUGCAUUGGCUAAGUCUACUUAUUCCAUAACAAAACUUGAUAUGAAUUCAUGAAACCUGAGAAAACUUACCUCGAUAAGUUAACUCCCACAACCAAAGCAUACAAGGUAAAAGUGAAGCUCAAGGAAAAAUCACGUACAUUGGUUUCGCCUCAAAAAAAGACUCGCUACCAACAACUACUCUUUGAAGAUGAAAAGGGUAAUACAAUGCGCGGAGCAUUGUUUGAGAAUCAGAUUGAGGAAUAUGAAUCUGUCUUCAAGAGUAACCAUGAGUACGAGAUUGCAAAUGCACCCCUAAAAGCAGUGCUGGGUCGCUACGCCACGCGGGAAGAUGAUUGUCAGAUGAGCUUUGGAGGUCAAGCCAUGAUCCAAGACUUAGAUCCUGAAGCAAAGCCUGCGGAACCUGAAUAUCAACCAAUAGCUGCUAUUCCGCGCACAACUGAUGCCAGUGAUCGAUACGAUGUGCUAGGCAUUGUGCUCUUCGUUGAGGAUACCCGAGCAAUCACAACUUCAGCUGGUGUUGCACAUGAAGUGCGAGAGAUUGUCAUUACUGACCAUAGCACUGAACAACCCUUGACCAUUUCAGUGUGGGACGAUCUUACAGGAACAGAAAUAAACUUCCUAAAAUCAUGGGCUGGGCCAACCCUUGUCGUUGGCUUUACAUCUCUUAAGCCAUCUACCCACAAAGGCUUUUCUCUAUCAACUACUAUGACAACUGUGUUUGACCGAAAUCCAGUUGGAGAUAGAGCAAAUGCGUUGCGCAAAUGGUCUGAAGAGAAGCGUGCACUGGUGCUUGCAAGGAUGGAACGCAUCCGUGAGGUUCGAGAUCCCUCUGAACAAAAUGAAAUCCGCUCCAUUGAGUCGAUCAAGCUAAAACAGGUUGGAAAUACUCUCCAAGAGGAAAAGCAUUGGAUUAAGGUUACCAUUCCAGAACCCACACAAUCUAAAAUUGUGCCAUAUGUCGGAUGUAACAACUGUGGUAAGAGAACUGAAGUGGAUUGCAACACCUCUUUCACAUGCAAGUUCUGCAACAAAGAAGGCUGCAUAGUAGCACCUAGAAUCACUUUCAAAUUCGACGCUACUGAUGACACUGGAGAGAUGACCUUCACAGCUUUCACACAAGAGUGUGAAGCUCUUUUCAAGAUGACUUCAUCUGAGAUAUACACUCAGAUUACUGAUAACAUGUUUGACUUUGCGCCGAUUGCACACCGCCUCAGCUCAGAACCAUUUUUCCUACAGAUUGGGCCGGGAACUGCGCUUGCUCGGUAUAAGAUCUUGACUUGGGUUCCGAAGAUGAUUAGCUGGAAUUAGUGCAUCUCAGAUAACCAAGCUGACUUUUUUUGCAUAAUGUGGGCUUCUGAUAGGAACAAGGACCUUUUGUCUACCUAACUUCUACUCAUGUUCUUUGUUCCUAUACGACACCCCUACUACUUGCCAAUUAAUAUUUAGUUUAGCUUUGCAAUAGCAAGUGGUAUGUGUUACAUUAAUUAGGAACUAACCUUUUGUACCGGGCCCUUUUGAGUGCGGAGACACUUAACAUAAACUCUAGCAAAAACUGACUGGAUUUGUAGCUUUCCUCUUUUUUGUGCAAA